AUGUCUAAAAGCGGACCAGACUUCCCAACUGGUCGACACGUGGUAUUAACAGUACCUGAAUUUAGUAUGGUUUGCAUAGAUCCUAAACCACGAACUGAUAAAGAUAAUUUAGAGCGAGGCAGACCUAACUUAUUACUACAUUCUUGCGAGAUAAAUGUAUAUAUUUACAUUCUAGUAACUCUGACAGUAGCUUUAAGCCAAGAAGAUAGCGACGAAGGGAGACCUUACGAAUUUGGAUUCACAAUUGACGGACAACAGCAUCGCCAUGAAAAGAAAGAUCAAGUUGGAAUAGUGCAAGGCGAAUUUGGCUUUAUCACGGCUGACGGUGUCUACCACGUUACUGUUUACGCAACCGACGAAAAUGGGAAUUUUAAAAUUUUGAGUAUGAGGAAUAUUAGGAUUAGUGAUCCACUUGAUGGGUCCCCUGCGAUUGGACCAAUUUCUCCAGAUGCAGGGAAGUAUUUAAACAAACAGAAACAAUUAGAACCUCCUAAAACCAUAGUGACAACACAGGCACCAUUACACCCUAUUUAUCCAACUCGACAAAGUUCCCAAACAGUUCAAGUCGUAACACAAAAAUCUGGAUCAUAUGUUUUCACUACACAAUCUACUAUAAAACCGGCUUGUGGUGGUUGCGGUUAUAUCACAACUCAAAAACCUUUGACAGAGCAAUCGUUUCAAUUUCAAAAUCCAGCUUUUAAGGAAGCGGCACCUCUUACUGCAAGUAACGGUCAGGAUUAUGGUUUCAACCCAACAACUGUAGCAAGCAGUGUUAAUCAAGAAAUAUCUAAAUUUACAAGUAAUACUGUUAGAAACGAGAAGCAAGCUGGAGGAGUUCAAGACCAGCAACGUGGAGUAACGAAUUUGCCAUCACCUAGCCUUCAACAAUAUGAAAAUGAUCGAAAUUUGCCAAAUUCUGGGCAAUAUUUCAAAGACAAACCAGAAAGCACACGUCUUCCUGGCGUUGAAUUACUUCCUCCAGGAGCAAGAGAUCGGAAUCAAGUUGGAUUUUCCGGUCAACCACAGUUUAAUCCUACCAAUGAGCGACACUCUCAGAAUAUACCGACUGAUAUCAAUCAAUUAGAUACUGGUUAUUAUUUAACAGAUGGAAAUAUUGCAUCAAACACUGGCUCUGGACUUGGACCUAACCCCUUAUUGCAGCCUUCUCGUCAAACUUCUAAAUUACCUCCAAUAUCCAUAUCGGACAACACCAUUCACGUAGGCGGAAACAAACCAGUAGAUAUCCCAAUUAAAGACAAAUAUCCUGGUAUGAUUGAUGGCUUACCAAAUGGAAUCGAAGAAAAAGAUAUCAAGGACAUUUUAUACAAAUUCCACUACACUGUUGGAUUCCAUGGUCAUUAUGAGAAAGGUUUAAAGAACGGAGCAAAGAUAGGAGGAUACUUUGUUAAUGGCCGAGAUGGAAUUAGCAGAGUAGUUACGUAUGUUGCGGAUGAAAAUGGAUACAGACCAAAAUUCAAAUUUAUAAAUCUCGGACUAGAUUCUUCUGAUACGCCUAAAGAAGAAAGUGAAAAACAAUUUGGACUGAAAAGUUUUGAAUUUGUAUGGUAUCCCGUUGAAUAGUA